GGCCGGACGGUGCAGCAGCAGCAGUAGCACGGCUGGCAAGUGUUUCUUUGUUUAUUUAGGUGACAAAUCAACAUGUUUGGCAGUGAGAGUUAAGACUACACAGAUCUCUAAAGUCCUCUCCUUAAGACGGCAGGACCGUGCGCUAGCCACAGCCGGGGCAACCAACAGUCACACCAUGACUACCAGGGCGACGGGCGAAGCGAUCGAGAUGUCGAGAGUCGAGGAAGCGGGACUUGGUCCAGUGGCACCGUCACCGUUUCAACCGACGGUCCCCGUCACCCCCGCCGGCAUCCAGAUGCGUGGCUAUCUCAAGAAGAAACGAAACCGCGUCGGUGGCUGGCGGAAGCUGUACGUGGUGCUGCAGAGCCAGCUGCUGCUGUCGUAUGCGUCGCGGCGUGACUACGAGCGCCGAUUGGCGCCCUUCGAGGACAUCGUCAACUUGGUGCCGGGCACGCGCAUCCUUCCGUCGGCCGGCCUGCGCUUCACAAUCGAGACGACCUCGCGCAACUUCUACACCUUCCGUUGCGUCGAUCACCGGAACUGCUCCGAGUGGAUCACCGCCCUGCUGGACAGCCUGCAGCAGGGUGGAUGCAGCCGAGUCGGCGCAGGCACGGCACGGGAUCGCCAUUUCGGCCAACCAAGUCCUGGCCACCGGACCAGCUCGCCGGUCUGGGCGUCCGUGAGUAUGGAGCUGGGCUUGGCGCGCAGGCUUUCGUGCAAAACGUUGGACGGAGCGCCGUCUGUUCGGGGGGGUGGUAGCGGACUGUGCACCAUACCGAUACCACGGGAGGAGCAGCAGCAGCAGCAGCAGCAGCAGCAGCAGCAGCAGCAGAACCCAUUCCAAAGGCACCUACCGAUCGUGUCUUCCGUUGCCAUUCCAGCACUCAAGGCGACACCGCAGACGACGGGCCGCCACGUGAAGGAGGUGCCCGUGGCGGAGAUGAAGAGGGACGAGCGGGGGCAGUUCGUCGAGCAUUCCGACGAAGCGUUCGCGGACGAGAUCAUCACGAAGGCAUUUCAGUUUCUUACCGGGCCGAAAAGAAGCCGAGAUAUGACCGCCAGCGAGAUCCUGGAGUACUAUCUGGAGCGGCGCCAGCGACUUCAGCUGGCAGAUCAACUACAGCCGCAUCCACAUCCGCCGCCGCAGCAGCAACAGGAACAAGCGAAAGAGCAUGAGAAGGGAGAGCAAAGUGCGGUGAGACGUAUGCCAGGCGCGGAUACCCAUCAAACUAGCGGCGACGUGAGGGCGUGUGCCGGUGUGGAUGAACCGACGACCGGAACGUCUGGCCGCCAGCCGCUAGCAACGGAAGAUGCCAACGAGCAGCAGCAGCAGAAGGCGAUGGACGUGCAGGCUCCGGUUCGGUUUCGGGAUUUCCGACUACAUCCGGACGUUGACCGGCCGAUCGUUGCCGGUCGAUCGCAGUCGGUGGACGUCAGCCGAAUUAACAGCAUGUUCGGCGAGCAGCAGCAGCAGCAGCAAAGGGAGGAAUUGAGACGAGUGAGGGCAUCGCCCAUCGUCAGUCGUCCAGUGGCUCCGAACCUGCGUGAGACCGGACAACGUGUUAGCAGUUCCUGCAGUGAUCUGCCACCGGUGAUGCAGCAGCUGGCCACUGGCACGUUUGUCGCGAGCAUCUCGGGCCCGGUUGGUCCGGGCGCUACCUACACGCGGCGGGCUUCGAUGGGCCAUGAUGCAAGUGGCUACGAAUACAUCACUUCUCACAGUAGCAGCAGCAGCAGCAGCAGUAGUAGUAGUGUCUCGACGUUAGCGAGCAGCCGUAGGAUCGAGCUGACCGAACCGAUCUACGCCGUGGUCGAUGUGAAGGCGAAACGGUUCCGUCGGAACCAGCAGCAGCACCAGCAGAAUCUUCCCCAGGACCCGGGUCCACACCACCACCAUUACGAGGAAGCACUACCCGUCACCGCGAACCGCCCGGUGAGCGAAGGAGCAAAGGAGGACGAUCUGAUGUACGAUCAGCAGCACAUCUACGAGCCUAUUAUGAUCCCGGCACAGCCGCAGAGGAGUGCGACGGCGACGGCGACCACGACCGUCUGCGACCGAGAGCACCGCUGGCGCAAGCUUUGGCGAAACCUGAAGCGUAUCCGUCUGCAUCCGGGCCGCUACCGGCGCCAGAAGGAGCAUGAGCAACCAUCAACCGUCGCCGAGCAACCAUCAACCGAUUCACCGGCGACGAGUAGUACGAGCAGCAGCACAACCACCACCACCACCAGCAACAGCAGUAGCGGUCAUCAGCGAGCAGGACUGAUUGCCGGGCUCGGUAGCCGCUUGGACAGCCACCGGCAGUCGAUGAAGAAGCGCGCCAAGAGUCUGUACGAUGCAACCAGCAAUGCGGCGUGAAUGGUUUGCUAGUGUGUUGAUCAUGAGGUACGCCACGGGAGAAGUAUCCGUUCCAUUCCGUUCUGGUCCGCAUUUUAAGCCUUCUGAUGAUCGAAGGGAGGGUGGUGGAAGUGGGAGUGUUGUCCUGGGUGUGCCAUUAGUGUAUAGUUUAGCGAACGGUACUAGAAACAUCGCACAGAGCGCACACCGUGUCCCCUGGGUGGUAUCAAGCGAUGACCGAAGCGAGGAAGCGAUGGCUUUCCAGAUAAUUUAACUAAACUAAUUUUACGAACUACGCCAAACCAGUUGGAGGCUAGCAAAUAAAUAUCAUUCGAAUAUUG